AUGACCAAACGUCUGUUCUCUAGCUUUGCUCUUUGUCUCUACUAUCGCCCCAGCGGUCGCUCAGUCACCGGGUUUCCCGUCGUCUACGCACUUUUCCUUCUCAUCUCGGUUAUCCCCGAGCUGUAUGAUCUUAUGGGGGGAAUCCAGGACGGCGAUGACUUGCUACGACAAGACUAUCAACAGAUGUUCGCCUUCUUCCAUGUCGUCCUUGUCAGCCCUAUAGUCACAUUUCUCGGCAUUUUGUCGGUGGUGUUCCAGGCGCCUCAAAUCCGACGACAUGUAGGGCCGUCCGCGCUCAGCGUACUUGGUCUAGCUGCCCAAGCUGUUGUUUUUGCUCUCGUCGCGGUAUCAUGGAUAUGGCGCGUUGUUUAUGCUCUGGAUUUGAAUCCCAAGCUUUCCAGCUCUGAAUACCUCAUGCUCAUGGGUGGUAAACUCUUCAAUGCUCCCAUUACCAACCCGCAAAAAGUCCUUGAUCUCGGCACCGGCACCGGAAUCUGGGCAAUUGAUUUCGCAGACGAAUACCCCGAGGCAAUCGUCAUUGGAAACGACCUCAGCCCCAUCCAGCCUUCCUGGCUGCCCCAGAACUGCGAAUUCUUCAUCGACGAUAUCGAGGCCGACUGGCUGGAGCCGCCGAAUACAUACGACCUCAUCCACUCGCGCAACCUCGCCGGAUGCGUCGCCGACUGGCCCCGCCUCUACCGCCAAGCCUACGAGCACCUCAAACCAGGCGGCUACUUCGAGGUCCAAGAAAGCGCCGUCUGGGCCUGGAGCGACGAUGGCUCGCUGAAGAUGGACUCACCCCUUGCGCGAUACCUGCAAGCUCUUGACGAUGCAGGCAAGAAGAUCGGACGCGAACUCAACGUGUAUAAGGAUCUGAAGCGGCUGCUGAUCGAUACCGGCUUUGAAGACGUGCAUGAGCGGACGUACAUCCUGCCUUUCUCGCCGUGGCCGAAGGAUCCCCGGCAGAGGGAAAUCGGACGGUUCCAGGCGCAUAUGGUUCACAAUGCCGUGGAGGCGUAUGGUCUCCGCCUGUGUACGCAGAUUUUGGGGUGGAGUUCCGAUCAGACGAAGAUCUUGCAGGCGCUGGUGAGGCAGCAGCUUAAGGAUCCGCAGAUGCACUCGUAUACAAAGAUUGUGGUUGCCUAUGGAAGGAAGCCCCACUAG